CGAGACGCGACGACCCAAGCCCGCCAGUCCAUUUCAUGACCGUGCGCCAGAUUACAGUCGGUUCGCUCAAGCAGCUCAAGAACGCCGUCAUCGGGAACCCAUCUGCAAAGUUAUCGCUUGCCAGAGACUCUGCAUUCAUCCAUCUACUCGUCAGUUGUCUCAACCAUCCCGCAACACCGAGCACUUGCGAAGCCCAGGGCUCGCAAGAUGACAUCCGCAUCGAAGCUGUCCACAUCAUUUCAUCCUUGGCAUACGGUUCGGAAACAGCGCUAUCCGGUCUACUCCGUGCCAACGCCCACCAAGAGGUCGUUCGUGCACUCACGAGUCCGCAUGCGUUAGGCACACCUCAAUUGAAGGCGGCACUUGCACGCGGCCUACGUGUGCUUGCGAGCUCGAUGGCCGAUGUCGUGGGUCCCUCACAAGGACCUAUGCGCACGUAUACACCAGAACAUCGUGCGGAAGCUAAGAUUGCACUCAACUUUCUCUUCGAAUAUGAAUGUCUUGACGUCUACCUCCCCCUACUCGAAGAUUCCUCUCUACAAACAUCCCUCUCCAUUGCUCAACUUAUCGGUGCAGCAGUCCGCACCGACACCCACCGCACCGCUAUCAUCGAAUGGCUCCCGCCCCAAGAACGCCAAAAAGAAAUAAAAAAUCGAAGAGGAUGGGAGAAACAUGACGUCGUCUACCAAGCUACGAAUGGCAGACACGGAGCUUGGGUCCUGCGUCACCUUGUCGCCAUGGUCCAAAAAAAGGAUAGUAAGGUACAAGAAGCCGCUUUAUCUUCCUUGGGAGCAUUGGCUAUGGACAAUCCUUCCGUGGCAAACAUUUUGACCAAGACACCGUUGGAAGCUCCUGUUCCUGCUCUUAACCUUGUUUUGACACAUGCUAAGAGCCGGGUGACGAGCGUACAGUUGGCGGCUUCGUCGUGUGCUACUCACAUCAUCCGUGCUCAAGGCAACCACUACCCAGGACAUUUGGACCACACAGCAGUCCUAACCGUCAUCCACGUUGUCAACCGCAUCCUUUCCUCGGCGUCCGAGCAGCCGCAAAGCCAAAUCAAAGCAUGCUAUACGCUAUAUUCACUUGUCAGGGACGAAAAGGAUUUUUGCGUUGAAGCAGCUGACCAGGGCGUACUAGCCAGUUUAGCAUCUCUUGUGAAAUCGAUCACACCUAUAGAAAACAGUGACGGCUGGGAAAUCGACGAGCCCGAUAGCAGGGUCAGCUUGAGGGAGGCAGCCCUCAAAGCCAUUGCAGCCAUCUCACUUUUUGAUAAGGUGAUCAAGCGGGAGGUAGCUGACACGUACGAUCUCAUACCUAUUAUACAAGCUUGCCUCACAGACAAGAACGUCGGCGUGCGAUGUUCGGCGUGUCAUUGCUUGCGCUCACUGAGUCGGGAUACGGCUGUGAUUAAGACGAAUAUUACAGAUAGUGGUGCUGGGAUGACGUUGUAUCAAGUGUUCAAGAAGGAAGACGAAGAUGUGCGCGUGAUUGCUGCCUCGUUGGCAACGGUGUGUAACCUUGUCAACGAUUUCUCCCCUUUGCGUAAGGUCAUGUUGGAAGACGGCCUGUUGCCGAGGCUGAUGCAAUUAUUUGGGAUGGAGGACCAGGAGAUUAGGGUUAGCGUGUUAUGGGCCAUAAAGAACCUUCUAGCGAAAAGCCAAUCGUCAACGAAAGACAUGGUCAUGCAACAUCUAGGGUGGUCACAGCUACCAGAUCUCGCAAAUGAUUCAGAUCCGGAGAUACAAGAACAGGCAUUCGCUAUUUUGCGCAACCUCACUGAUGACGAAACAGGUGUCAGCUUGGUUUUCGAAUCAAUGGGCGGCGAUACUCUUGCGAAUUGUCUUUCUGCGGGUUUGGACUCCCCACAUGAAUUAGUAACUCGAGAAACGACCUACGUGCUGGGGAACAUCGCCAACAGCGCCCGGUCCCAGCAAGAUCUCAUGUUCACGCACCCGCACAUCCUUGAUGGGAUACAUCACUGUCUUGCAGAUGCCCGCCCUGGGACACGUGUUCCACUGGUUGGAUGUCUGCUGACUCUGCUCCGUACCAACCCCCGACGGAAGCGCGACCUCGUAGAAGCAGGGUUUGUUUCAACACUUCGGCAUCUCUGCGAGCGGACUGGUGGCGGUGGAUCUGGUGGCGGGAUCAGUGUGGGUGGAAGCGGGAGCCUGGCCAUGAGCACGAGCCCGGUGGGCCCAAGACAUCAUAUGCAUCUGUACCAUUUGCAUCAUCCGCAUCGGCAUAUGAUAUGUCCGGAGGACGAUAGGGAGGCUGCCGUACUUGCGAAGCAGGUGCUAGAUUUGAUGGAUCCAUCGACAAUUGGGGAGAUGCUGUGAUGACUGCAUCUACUAGGGAUCGCUGGUGCUUUAGGCAUUUCUUCUAAUGAAAUGAUUGUACACACUUUCAAGAAAAAUGGUCAAGCA